UCGUACUCGCUUCUAGUAGACAUUGAACUUUAGUACAACAAGGUGGUUAAUAUUUGGAGCGGCUGCCAAAAUGUUUUGUGUAUUUGCAAGAAGAAAUUGAAAUUAGUAAAACUGAAAAAGCACAGUCAGAGUCGCAGCCGUAGCCGCAGCCACAGUCACAGCUUGGGCGCAUAUACAAUACAACGGGCAGCGGUAGUAGCUAGUACUACCACACACUAGCCAAGCCAAGGCAUUAUCAUUCAAUUAAAACAAAGAAGUGAAGAAGUGGUCGCAGCUGCAGCUACACAAAAAAGUCUGAAUGUGUGUAAGAGUUUAAAUAGUGGAAAAAGUGCGAGACGGAGAAGAAGAAGACGCAGCAGAAGUACCAGUAGGAGCACCAGCAACAGAAACACAACAACUACUCCAAUGAAGGCGACAAUAACGUAUUCACCGCCUAGCUUGAAUUCGUAUCAAAAUGUUCCUCAUGCAGAAUGCACAACAACACCAACAACAACAACUAAGAUAAAAUCAGCAAAAACUAAAGUAGAAUGCGUAGAUGUUGUAGACAGUGAUCAGGACGACAACGGCAGCUAUGAUUACGAAGAUCUCAUUGCAACCGACAGUGGCAGAAGUCAGCAGUGGAGGCACAGCUUUUGCUUUAGGCACAGCCAAAGUCACAGUGAAUCACGUGUUGCCAGGGGCGACAGCAUGGGCGCGAAUCUGAGAAGCAAUUGCUGUCAGCGUGAAUAUAAAAAUUAUUGCAAACAUGUGAUGUCCCAACUGUCAAGUUGUAAGAGGGACGACAUCCACCCGAUGCCAGCGCCUGCUGCAAACGAGCGCGAACGUCGCCAGGCACAAUAUUCGCGCGAUUAUACGCUAAUUUUAGGGGCGCAAGUCAAGACAUCAAGGCGAAUGAAGAGGAUGUGUGAAGACUUUGCCACAUCACCGAAGGCACAAUUAGCAAAUGCAUCUAAAAUUAGAGGAUCCAUAAAGACAACGCUUGAGCAAGCUCAAAUGCGAGAAACGGCGAUCAAAGUUGAGAGCUUAACAUUUGGUGAUUCAAUCGACACAAAAUCAAGCUCACAGGAAAGACUAUCAUCUACAGCGUUAUCGGCGACUUCGAUAUUGUCUACAUCAUCAUCGCUCACCUAUACGGCGACAAGCACGUUGAAGACAUCACCACCCCCUUGCCUAGAGGAUAAUUUUAGUUUAAGUAACAAAAGACAAUUAGUUAUGCCAAUUGAGGAGGAGAAUAGAUUAGGAAAUGUAGUUAUUGGAACGCAACCACAGUUCCAUGAGACGCCAGUCGAACGCGCAGUGAUGACGAUGCACACAAACCAACACCCAAACACUGAAAUGAAAAAGGCUCCAACGCAAGCACAAACACAAUGGCGGCAUAGAAUAUUGUCGCGACCCACUUCUACGCCACUGAGAGUGGGCAUGAAAGAGGCGUUUGCAUUUCUCGUCUCGGCAAUUGAUGCAAGAAAAAAUGCUUUGGCGUCUGGGGUCGCCCACAUAAAUGCCGCGUUCAGUUAUGCUGGGGCUGCUUUAACAGGAAAUUCGCAAACAACGACAACAUUAGACUGCAGGUGCUUUAAGGAAAACAGUGAUAUUUGUACGGUUGCUGACCGAAAGGUGGAGGCUGGAAUUAACAAAGAAGAAGGCAACUUUAGUGAUUUGAGUGGUGAAGGGGAAGUGUACGACUUCAUGUGCUACAAUGAUAGUCCACUGGCAAGCUCACAAUACCCAUAUCAACAACAACGAUUCAGUUUUCUUGCUGUGCUACCAUUUCUGCUGCGAAAGAGCAUGCGCUCUUUGGGCGGUACAACGGGUGUGCCGCCUUGGGUUUCAAAACUGAUGGUUUUAUGGCUACUUAUGUUGACUAUAGCUUCACCGGCUAACUGCUGGACAGGACGGCCAGAUGUUCCAACAAAUUGCACUUUUCCCGCGCGUUGGGAAGGUUCGUGGUUCCUAUCUGGCUACCAACAGUCCAUUCAUAUUAAGGGAUCACAAUUCAGUUAUCGCGGUAAAUGUGCGGCCUCGGACGGUAACAAAUAUUUGAUUGUUGACGAGAAAGGAUGUCAUCGGUGCCUGGUUAUCUAUGAAAAACAUAAAAAUGUUCUUCAAUAUAAAGAAAGUGAGUGCGAAGGUGAUAGUAUGUAUAUGCAUCAAACGAAUCCAUCUGCAUUGGCGAUGCGUAGCGUUUUAAAACAAAGCGAACAUAGGGGGGGAGCUCAUCCCAAUUUGAACAGCAACAACGGGCAUUCAAGACUAUCCUCAUCGGAUCAGUAUAUAAUGAGAUCCUAUGAUGAUAUGAAUGAUUGUCCCCCAGAUUUUUGCAAGGGCCGUGAAACGUUACAAAAUCUCUGCGAUCAAAUACCAGGUGAUGCUUUAUUAUAUUCGCUAUUUCGCGAGAGUGCCGAGCCGGUGAAGUGUCCGUUGAAGGGACCUUUCAUUUUCACAUAUAAUCGUGGACAUGGUGAAUGUAAGAGCCCCGUUUCAAAUAUUGAAAGCUGUACUGAGGACAGUCGUUUAUUGCUUAGUUUUCAAGCUUGUCCUGAUGUGCAAGGCACCGAGAGCACAGUUGAAGAACUAACUUGUUUGGCCACUUGGAAAGACGGAAACUCAAGAUAUCUCGUUGGGUUGGUUUCACAUCAUCAUGCAAUAUCAAAUGAGGAGCGUUAUCGUUGCUUUGUCUAUGAGAAAAUUUCCCCGCUAAUGGGUGGUCCUAGCAUCGUAAGCUCAAAGGACGCUGAAUAUAAAUUGGCACAAUCGGGCGAUGCUACUUGCAAUGGCUUGGAUAGCGCAGAGGUUGGUUCCCGUAUAAUGUCGCUGAGAAAGCCACCGGUGACUGAACGUUGUGACUUUCCAGCGUGGUUCAAAGGGCCGCGACAUUGGCAUGUUUUAAUGGGCAACGCUGUCUACAAUUAUCAUCCAAAUGAUGGCUCCGUACAUAUUAUUAAGCCCAACGGUUUCAUGGAGACUCGAGCACUCUGCGAACAGAUUAACAAGCAAACUUCCACUGAAAUGAUGGCUGUGGUGCACUAUACAACUGGAUGUCAAUCGGGUUUUAUGUGCAUGAUGUUCUAUCGUCGCGACACGCAUGUCAUUGAAAUACAAACAGGCAAGCAGGCCUCGCGGCUCGAGGAUGCAUGCGCCCCAGAUCAUUUUGAUGUCAAUCGCAUGCCGUAUAUCACGUUGCUUGCUAGCAACCCAGAUCCACAAAUUUGUCCGAUGGAGGGCUUAUACAAUUUGCGCGGCGCUAUUGGACCACCCUAUUUGACCACGCGUCAUAAGCGUAAUCACAAUAACAAAAUACAUUCUUCCCACGGACAUCAUCACAUACAGAGCGAGUUAGGUAAUGCGGCACCUGGUAGCGGGGGUGAGAGCAAUGGUCAUGAGUAUAAAAGACAUGCAACGCUUAGCUUCCGAAAUACCGAGAAAACUGAAAAAAGUUCGUGGCAUGGGAGUACUCGUGGUUUGCCUGGACGAAGCAGACGUGCUACCUCCUCAACCGUUCACAAUAGUUCCACCAAUGUUAGUAGUAGUGGCGCUGCAACUUUGGAGCACUUGAAUAUACUGGAGAGCAAAUUACAGCAACAAAAUAAUUCAGCAAAACGUGACGAACACGAGUUGCAUGGACGGGAAACGGUGCCACUUAAAACGGUUGACUUCCUCCAUCCUUCAACUGCAAUGGAUAAUGAUUGGCAGCGUCAACGUAAUCGGCGAGACGCACCAGGUUGUAUAACAAAUUACAAAGCGCAGCGACGACUAUGGGUGGGCUGCACUGAACCAGAUGUAAUCGAUGUGAGACCGCUGUGCAACGAUGAUGGUGAUGAAGAGUUCUCUUGUCAUGGCUCAUGGUCGGAAAAUGGCACCGUAUAUAUUAUAGCUCGACACAAAGGCACCAAACACGGUGUGUGUCUUAGCUAUCGGCCGACCGAGAAUACAGCAGCUAAAUUGGUAAUCGGAGAUGCGUGCUAUCGUGGCAUACAAAAGCCACCCGACCAUCAUUUGGUGGCUAAUCUAACUGUUUUUGGAAAAUGUGGAGAAACUGGUUCUGCGGCAAUGCAAAUGCGCCCAAGUGCUGAGUUAUUGCAAUGGGGCGUGGCUAUCUAUGUGGUGUUACUAACGAUGAAAUUAGUUAAUUAUGUGAAAAAUCGAAGAUGAUGAAUUCAUGCCUACAAUCCCAGAUCAACGAAAGACAAUUAAAAGCUUGGAUAGAUCUAGUGGUGGUGGCGGCGGCUCUUCCGUUUAGGCAGAAUCAAGCACUUCAACUUUAAGUGACAAAUAUUACCGAAAUCUCUAGAUAUACAUACAUAUACAAGUAGAUAAAUACAAUAUGUCAAUAGGGGGGAAGGUGAUUACAUUUCUACAUACACAUGUAUGUAUGUAUGCACGUACAUUUGCAGAUAUGCAGAAAUAUUAGAAAUAUUGUACGAAAUGCGAACGAAGCAAACGUCUGCCGAUCUGUGUAAGCAUAAGAAGAUAUAAAAUAUUGUUAAGCAUGAGGCGAAGUACAGAGAAAAUACUCAAUUGCUUGCAAUUGAAAACGUGAUAAGAGACAGCCUACAAAAUCUAUCGGGUAUUGGGUGUUGGAAUAAUGUAUACCUUUGAAUAAGACUUAGCAUUUGUAGUGACGCCUACACUUAUUACAAAAGAAUAAAAACAUAAAAAACGAAUGAAACGCUUAUGCGUAAGCGUUAAAACUCGCACACAGACGGUAUAUAUAUACAUGUAUAUAUAUAUAAGUAUAUACUAGUAUAUGUAUAAGUAUUCAUACACAUAUACAUAUACAUAGAUGGCGGAAGGUAUGCGUAUGCAUGUCUCAGUUAAUAUACAUAUAAGAAAAUAAAAACGAGUUUGUAAAUAUGUAACGACAUUACUUUCAAGUGUAACUAUUGUAAGAAAUCGUAAAUUUAAGUCAACUGAACUAUGCGUAGAUUUAGAUAAAUACAUAAAUGGUUUGCAAUAGAGCCUUAGUUCCGGGCGUGUGUCUGUGCUACAAUUUGGCACUGGAAGAUGGGGAAGAUGUGGAAAUAAAGAGAUAGAGUAAAGGAAGAGAGUAAAUAAAAAGUAAAUGUGUAGAACGUUAAAGCAGCAUAAAUGAAAAACAAAUACAUACACACACACAUGUAUAAUGUGUAUGUGCAAGGUACGAAUGUUAUGCCCUGAUAAUGUGAUUGCAGUGUACGCAGCUUUUAGAUGGUUGCGUGCUUGGUUGGUCGCCCAUUAAAUUUACUACUUGUGUAUGCGUAUGUAUAUAUAAAAUUGAGUAUGUUUGAUGGCGACUUGUUAUAGAGCGUAAUAAUAAUUAUAUGAAUACAUACAAACAAUUAAAAAAAUUUAAUUUUAUAUAAAUGUAGAAACUUGUAAAUGCGUAAAAAUAUUUGUAUGUAUUUAACAAUGUACUAUUAAUUUGUAUUUAUUGUAAUUAUAAUUAAUUGUUUCUUAAAUAAUAAAAAAAGUUGAUUGAUAAGCACAUAUAUACGAAUGUAAGCUUAAAGCUUGUGUAUUAAAAAUAAUAAUAAAUAAAAGAAAUUUUGUAUGCAAUUUUAACUACUUACACACAUACGCUUGUAUGUAUGUAUAUAUACAUAUAUAUGUGCAACACUUCUAACAAAUAUUAUUUGUGUAAUAUAUGAAACCUUUUUUUUCUUUUUAAUUGUAUAUGUAUUGAUAAAUGCACAUAAAUAAUUUUCCUUAUCUCUGAUUUGUACGAAAUUUGCUAAAGACACGAAAAUAA